AUGUAUAUGUAUUAUAAUCAAUGGUUAAGUUUGUGUAAUAAUAUUAAUAUAUUUUCCCUGUUUUUAAAAUUAAAAAUUCGGCAAAAACAAAAAACGCCUGACUGUGGGUAUAGCCCAAUGUAUGACACAACAAACAGUGAAAUAGUUCAAUGUGCGAACAAUUUGACAACAGGACAGUAUUGGUGGUGUGGUUCAAAUAAUGAAAACAUUAUAAACAAGGAUGGUUAUUGUAUUGUUCAAAACUGUGAUGAUGGAGUAGGUGGUUCAAAAGGAACAGCAGGGAUUUGCAAUCGAUGUUCGAGUUCUUACCCAUAUUAUUAUGAAAACAAUUGCCAUGAAUGCAGAAAAGGUUUUUAUUACAACGGUACUGAUUGUGAUGGUUGUAUGAAUGGAUGUAUAUAUUGUUAUAACGAAGAUACGUGUGAAAUGUGUUUGAAUGGGUAUUAUUUUUAUAAUAUGAAAUGUCAUGAAUGUGAAAUAAGACGAUACACGACUAUUGAUGGGUGUGCGGAUUGUAUAAAUGGUUGUGAGUCAUGCAUUUCUGGUGAAACGUGUGAAAGCUGUUAUGUUGGUUUUUACAAAUACAAUGAAACUUGUUACGUUUGUCCAGAAGGAUGUUCCACGUGUAAUCUCUUGUUAGAACAAGUAGUUUGUAUAACAUGUUCGGUUGAAUAUUAUUUAAAUAUGAACUCUUGUAUAAAAUGUAAAAAUUGUUCUUCUUGUGACCAAAAAGGAUGUUUUGGAAAAACAUGUUUAGAAGGUUUUUAUGGGAAACGAAUAUGGAAUGUUGAACAACAGUACUAUGAAUAUCAAUGUAUUGCAUGUUUAGUUGAAUGUUCUUCUUGUAGAGAUACUACUUGCAGUAAAUGUUUUGAUGGGUAUUACAUUAAGGAUAGUAAAUGUUUAGAAUGCGGAGGAAAUUGUUCACAAUGUAAUUUAAACGUUUGUUUGGAAUGUGUAACUGGGUUUUAUUUUCAAUUAGGAAAUUGUGUAACGUGUCCUAACACUUGUUCUCUGUGUUCCACGACAAGUGCAGAGUGCACACAAUGCCAGCAAAACUACGUGUUCCAAAAUCCCAAAACCGCCGAAUGUGAAUCUUGUUCUUCUUUUGAUACAAAUUGCAAAACAUGUGAUUCAAGUUUUUUUAGAAGGUGUUAUGAAUGUCAAACUGGGUAUUAUCCUUCUCUAACUACUUACAAAUGUACUAAAUGUUCUUCAACUUGUGAAUCGAAUGGGUGUAACACGUAUACAGGAGUAUGUCAGACAUGUGCUGACAAUUACACAAUAACAUCAACUCCAGGCAUAGAGUGUGGUUUAUGUUCUGAUUUUGAUUCCAAUUGCGAAAUGUGCUCAAAAACAACAAGAAAAUGCAACAAGUGUAAAGCUGGUUAUUACCCACAAACUGUAUAUCCUUAUAAAUGUAUUUUAUGUGACAUUACAUGCAAUGGUCAAUGUGAUGCAAUAACUGGAUAUUGUACUUCGUGUAUUUCCGAUUACGUCCUGACACUCAACAGAAAUUCACUCAAAUGUGAGUCGUGUCAAACAUUUGAACCCAAUUGCAAAUCAUGUGCUUUUAAUGGGGAGAGAAAGUGUCUGACUUGUGUCAAUAAGUACAAACCCGCAAGUAACGGGACUUGCAUCAAAUGUGAUUCAACCUGUUUGGACAACUGUGAUGGAACAAGUGGAAUUUGUACCAAAUGCGUGAGUGGCUAUGUUCCUUAUAACCCAACACAAACAACUUGUCAAGAAUGUUCUAAUUUCGACACAAAAUGUAUAAACUGUGCAACAAAUAAUACACGAAUAUGUAAUGAAUGUAAAUUACCUUUUUAUCCAUCACAAUCAGGACAAAAUAUUGGACAAUGUAUUGAAUGCGACUCAACAUGUGCCGAUUGUGACACCACAAAUGGUAACUGUAAAAAGUGUUCAACAGCAAAUUGGGUUGUCACAGAACCGAUAUCAAUACGAUGUGAGAUGUGUUCCACUUUUGAUUCAAAUUGUGAGAUGUGUUCUAAUGACUCAAGUCGUGUUUGUACAACAUGUAAAAGCGGUCUUCGUCCAAACACAACAAGUGGGAAGUGUGUUGGGUGUGGGUUGCACUGUGCAUCUGGCGCAUGCAACCCAACGAGUGGGAUUUGCAACCAGUGUGAUACAAAUUACGUGUUUCAAAGCACAAAGACUGACCAGUGUGAGAGCUGUUCGACAUUUGAAGCCAACUGCAUCACAUGCGCAUCAGACUCAACAAGGAAGUGCAGUGUCUGCAAGGCAGGGUAUUACCCGAAGACAUCUGGCGACUACAAGUGUCAGAGCUGUGAUGCAACAUGUGGUGGAAAGUGCGACACGACAACUGGAGUGUGUGCUGGGUGCACAAGUGGGUAUGUGCCAACAUUACCAAUCACAAACAAAUGUGUCACGUGCAGAACUUAUGACACCAACUGUGUUGAGUGUGUUAGUGAUAAGAGAGAGUGUGCAAUAUGUCAAAGUGGGAUGUAUCCAAACACAAAUGGGACAUGCACUCUGUGUGACGCAACAUGUAAUGGGCAAUGCAACACAUCAACUGGUGUCUGCACAGGCUGUACUACAAACCACGUCUUCACUGACCCACCAGGCAAAGUGUGUGUUGCUUGCAAUUCAUUUGACACAAACUGCAUCACCUGUUCGCCAGAUUUUUUAAGAAAGUGCAAAGUGUGUGCAAUUGGGUUCUAUCCAGAUGAAACAUCUGGCAAAUGUGUUGCGUGUUCCACAAUACCAGAUUGCAACACGUGUUCGUCUGAUGCAAAGAAGUGUUUGACGUGCAAAGAUCCGUUUAUUCAGAAGAGUGGUGGUUGUGAAAGCUGUCCGAUUGGCGAAUACAAGUUCAGCGAAACAACAUGCUCAAAGUGUUACAACACAAUCGACAAUUGCAACACAUGUGAUACAAUCGCUGUUGGCAAAGCAAGAUGUAACUUGUGCAUUUCCCCUUACGUUUUGAAUGGCACAAAAUGUGGAUUGUGUCAAUCGAAUGAAUACUUUGACAACACAACAGGCACCCCAAGUUGUGUUAAGAACAAUAUUAACUGUGACAUUUUACAAAACAAAGAAAGCUGUCUGGACUGCAGUGACACUUUCUUUGUUUCCAACUCAAAAUUUGUAUCAUCUGGUAGUUGUGAAUCACCAACUUUAACUUCGUGUGACUGUUCAGACCAAAUAUCAAUCAACUCAAAAUGUACACCACAAAUGGAUCGCUGUAAAUACCAGAAAUCAGAGAAGGGUGUUUCGACGUGUAUUACAUGUGUUGAUAAUUUUAUUCUGAACUACGGUGGUGUGUGUGAACAACAGAGUGUGUAUGGGUUGGUGAGAAAUGGAGUUGUUUUUGGUUGCAAAACGGGAACGUAUUUGACAAAUCAAAACACGUGUGACAGUUGUGUUGGAUCAAAUGCAGUGUGUGCAACUCAAAACAAGUAUUUGACAUGUGGUGAUUUAAAAAUCUUUGAUGUACAACAGAUGGCGUGCACCACCGAUACGCAAUGCAAUUCAGUUGUCGAUGGGCUGUGUUUCCAAUGCAAAGAAAAUGACAUGGAAAUUAGCAAAGGAAAGUGUUCGAAAUGCGAGACUGAAAACUGUGAUAUCUGUGUUGGAGGAACGUGUCAAAUAUGCAAAGUGAAUUACUUGAUGUACAGCGCUAAUCGGUGUGUAAACAAAGAACAAGUCAAUUGUAAACGCACAAAUCAGAGUGGGUGUGCGCAGUGUGAGGCUGGGUAUUACCAAGUUGACACAAAGAACAUUGAAGGCAAGUACGACUUCUGCACAAAAACGGAUGUUGAGUUGCACUGCAAAUACUACUCACUCAACACAACAAAAUGCAUUGAGUGCCAAGACGCAUUCAAAAUGAAAGAUGGGAUGUGUGCUGAACAAUUUGACGAUCUCAAUAAAGUCAACGAAACAAAGACGUCAGUGUACAACAUGAAAAGUGCACUGAAAACACAAGAAGAAGUCGACUGUUUGACACGAAACAACAAAGGGUGUCAGCGAUGUCCAAAUGGAUAUUACCUGAACAAAAACAGUUGUGAGAAGUGUGUGAAUGACUGUUUGAGUUGCUACAAUGCAACAUAUUGCACCACAUGUAACAGUGGAUACUUCCUUGACUUGUCUAUGAAAUGCCAAACACUUGGUGAAUUGGCCAAUAGGUGUGAAGUACCAUUACCAACUGGUGGAGGGUGUGCUAUUUGCAAAGUUGGGUAUUUCAAAGUCGAGAAAGAUUGUGAUGCGUGUGACGAGUCGUGUGAUAUGUGUUUGAAGAAAGACGAGUGUUUGUCGUGUAAAGAUGGCUACAUCAAAAUUGCAAGUGAAUCAAACAAAUUAUGUUCAUCAAACACUACACUCUCAAACUGUUUACAAUCAAAUCUCGAAGGGUGUAUACUUUGUAAUGAGUCUUUCUUUUUACAAAAUGGACGCUGUUUCUCAUGCAAAAAGAGUUGUGCGACCUGUGUAAACAGUGAAAAAUGUUUAUCGUGUGGAGUCGAUAAAAUUCUAUUGAAAGGAAGUUGUGUCGAUUAUCGCACUGUAACACAUUGUACAUCAGCAGACAACUCGAAGUGUACUUCAUGUGAAGGGAGUAACAAAGUCUCUGAUGAUGGUGAGAGUUGUGUUUCUAAGACGAAUUAUGGAAUGGUUAUUGGAAUACCUGUUGCAUUAAUUUUUAUCAUGAUAUUCCUAUUAUUUUUACUUGUUUACUUAACACUGAGAAUUCAUCAAAAGCGUAUUCAACACAAAGUUGAUAAAAAAGUGUGUACAUUUAAUAUGAAGCGAUCUAAUAUUCCAAUGUUUUCUUUAUGUGAUUCUCUUUGUACCAACAAAGAAAUAUUGAAAUUUGAUUUAGAAAAUAACGAGUUUAUUCCCGUUGACAAAGAGACGAGAGACUUAAUAUGUAUUGGUAACACAUCAAAACACAACAUGAAAGUUCAACUGAGCGUGAUGAAUGGGUGCGAUUAUUACACAAUCAGAAGUGAACCUUCUCUUGUUACACUCCACAAAGGUGAGGCUUGUGAGUUUGAGAUCUUUAUCACGCCACUGUGUUCAUGUCAGAUCAAUGAUAAAGUAGCAGUUAUUGCACUUGAUAUCACAAAUGGACAACAAAUCACAACAAGUGUAACUGUUAAUGUAACCACAGAACAAUCAACAAAAUUAAAUUACAGAGAACUUGAAGAAUUUAGUCAAAUUGGUGAAGGUUCAUUUGGUGUUGUAUUCAAAGGAACAUUCAGAGGUAAUACAGUUGCAAUUAAGAAGAUGAAACUAAGUGGUGAAGAAGAUGACAAUGUAAUGAUAGAGUUUGAAAAUGAGGUAAAUAUGUUGGAUAAGUUCCGAAGUGAAUAUAUCGUCCACUUCUAUGGCGCUGUUUUCAUUCCCAACAAAGUGUGUAUGGUCACUGAAUUUGCACAAUAUGGUUCUUUACAAGACUUAAUUAAACACAAAAAGAGAGAAGACAUUGAUAUAAAGUUGCGAAUUAAAAUGAUGAUAGAUGCAGCAAAAGGUAUUUUGUAUUUGCAUGAAAAUGGGAUAUUACACAGAGACAUCAAACCAGACAACAUUUUGGUUAUAUCAUUGAAUAUUGACGACAAAGUUAUAGCAAAACUGACUGACUUUGGAAGUGCGAGAAAUGUGAAUCUGUUGAUGACUAACAUGACUUUCACAAAAGGUAUUGGAACUCCAGUCUAUAUGGCGCCUGAAAUACUUAAAAAAGACAAAUACAAAAAGCCAGCAGAUAUCUACUCGUUUGGAGUGACUAUGUAUGAAUGUAUUGGGUGGUGUCAGGCAUACUCUAAACAUCAAUUUAGAUUUCCAUGGAAAAUAGCCGAGUUUGUGAUUAAUGGUAAACGAGUUGAAAAGAAAGAUAAUAUGCCUCAAGAAUUUUUUGAUAUCAUUCAAAAGUGUUGGGCACAAGAUAUAAGUAAAAGAAUCGAUGCUACUACUAUUGUUAAUUUGUUUACUGACAUCACUUUUAAUUAA